AUGGUCCAGACGACGCGGAUGCUAUCGAGGAACUUCUCGAUGCUAACCCGAGCCGCAUCGUUGCUGCCGCUCUCCAAGCGCCGCGUGCUUCACGACGUUGUCGCGGCCAUGGUGUGCGUGCACGGCCAAGACCUCACCGACUCGGGCACGUCCCGCAAGGCGACCGAGCACGCAACCAUGACGGCCGAGAUCGGCACGGUUGCCUGGAUCGCACCCAAAGUCCUCAACGGCGUCCAGUACUCGGCCAAGGCCGAAAUGUACUCGCUCGGCUCUCGGCGCUCGACGCGCUCGAAGUACCGUACUACGCCAACAUGCCCCGGCUCGUACCCUGCACUGGCGUCAGCGUUGACCUUGCCAAGACACACCUCGUUGUCGCCGGCGAGCUUCCGCCCGUCUUCUCCAAGUGCUGCCCGCUGGCAAUGA